AUGACGACUUCUGCUGCUUGUGGCAGUGGCACGUCCGGCGUACACGACGAGAAAUUGCACAAUGAUUCAGAGGUCCGCCAGUCGCCGGCAGCCCGCUGUACGCUGGCCGAUCUUACAUGUCAGGGACAGGACCAGGGAGAUACUCCCAUUGUUGGCCCGACGAGGCUGCUGCCCAGCGUUUGCCACAGGGAUACCAACGGCAGCAGCUUGAGCGUGGAGAUCCGGCUGCCGUUCAUGGACAUGGAGCUGCGUCAUGAGCGACAUUUGCAUGUGCUGCGCGCCCAGCAGCUGCUGCUGGUGCUGCACGGGCACGAGCUGUUCCAGCUGCAAGUGGCCGGCCGGGACAAGCGGUUGGUGCGUCUGGGCGAGCUGACGGGCCGUGUGGGCCAGCAAGUGGCCAGCGCCGCGGCUGUGGUACUCUGGCGCCAGUAUCUGCUGCUGGCCGUCGCGCUGCCGGAGUCGCUGGAGUUCUAUCAGCUGGCACAGCAGGCGAUGCUGGACGCCAACCAGCAGCACUUUGAGCCCAUACAGGAGUUCGCUCUGGCCGGCAGCCUGCAGCAGCUGCAUCUGCUGCAGCCCAAUCCGGAGCAGGUGCUGCUGCUGCUGACCCUCAACGUUACGCAGAGCCAGACCAGAUGCAGAACCUACGAGUGGCUGGAGACGUAUUUCAAUCCCGUAGAGGAGCUCACGUUGCCCGCCCUCAAAGCGUUCCAGGUGGUAGGACGUCAGCCCCAUUACAUAAUCACGGGACGCGCGCUGCGCGGCCAGUCCAAGCUCGUGCUGACCAUCUACGAGCUGUUGACGCCCACGCUGCGCCUGCUGCGCCGCCAGAGCCUGACAGUGCAGGCGCGUCACGUGCUGGCGGCACGAUUCCGUGGCCGCAAUCUACUCUUCGCCUGCGCCGGAGCCGGCGGCAACAGCAGCACGAGCAGCACGUGCAUCCUCUUCCGCAUGGUCGAGGGCCACUUUGUGGUGUACCGCAAGCAUGUGUUGAGGCAGCUGCAGUUCAGCCACCUGGCCGCAUCUGAGCUGGGCCAGCUGCUGGUCGGGGCCCGCGCCAACGGGCAGGUGCUGGUGUUCAAUAGCCAACGCCUGGACUGCUACAGUGGCUUCGGAGCCGAUCCCAAUCCCAGUGGCAUCUACACGCAUCGCAAUCCGCAGAACGAAAGCUUUCUGCUGAUGUCCUAUCGACGCCAGCCGAGCAUCACAUUGCUGCGCAUGGUGCAGCUGGGCGGUGCCAACGACGCAACCAUCCUGGCCGCCAAUCUGGAGGAUCUAAGCAGCGUGCAGCAGCAUCGCCAUGAGUUCGAGCAGUCCAUCAAUGGACUACGCAGCCUGCUGCUGCGCCGCAAGCAACAGCUGGAUGCAGUGCAUCAGCUGUUGGGGUCAUUGGAGCAGCAGCACACGCGCAGGCUGACGCAGCCGCUGCAUCUACGCAGCGGCUCGCACGUUCAGCUGGUGCAGCUGCAGGGCUCCCACUUGGCCAGUCCCAUGCAGCUGCUGCGGCGCAUGGAGCGGCUGCGUCAACAAUAUGGUCACGCCGUGGUCAGGCGCGGCACGCGUUCCUUUGGCGCGGGCAACGCCUCCUACACGGGUGCACAGGACACGCUCAAGGUGAACCGCUUGCACGUCCAGAACCUCAUAUACCAGGGCCAGCUGCUGCCAGGCUAUCAUCUGGACUCGUCCAGCCCGCCCAUUCUGAGCAUCAAGGGUCAGCUGCUGACCAAGCGGCUCCAUACAGAGCAGCUGCUAAUCCCGCCCAGCUACAAGCGGCCAGAGCGCUCGCUGGAUGCUCACACGGUGGUGCGACAUCUCCAGGUGGAGCGCAUCAACAAUAUCUCCUGGUUUGAGUUCUACGACUCGCUUUUUCUGCAUUCGCGUGACAACGAGAUCGAGGGACGCCUCGUUUUUCAAGCCCGCGCCCGGGUGGUCAAUCUCCAGACGCCGUUACUCAAUGGUAAGCUGGUGGAGCAGCUCUUCAAUUUGAGGCAACCCCAGGUGGUGACCUCCAACAUAUUCAUGUCCGCUUUCAUUGCACCCAAACUGGACGCCAAUCUCGUUAACGGCUUGAACUUUGCCAAGGACAUUGUCUUUCGCGGUGCCAAAAACAACCUGAUUAAAACGCCCGUUCGCAUUUACCAGAUAAGCGUCUCGGGCGACAUAAUCGUGGAAAACGACAGAAAAUCGCCACGUCAAAUGGCCGCCGAUCAGCGUCCUUUCAAUCUGCAGCAAUAUUACAGGGGCAGGAUCAUACUGAACGGCUCCUUGACAGUUAACAAUCUACAGCGGGACACGAAUGAGACGCGCCUGCAGCUGGGCGGGCAAUCUCUACGUGCACGGGACUUGCACGUGGAUUACCUGUUGCUACAAACGCCGCAGCACCUGGAUACGCUGGCAUUUGGCAAUGCGAAGGUGACGACACGCGCCUUGAGCACCCACCACAUCAAUGGACAUCCGACGGCUGAGCAUCUGCUCAGCGGAGCUGGACAUGAGCCAAGCCAAGCAGCGCACAGGCGGCUCCAUUUGAUAUUCAUGAGUGUGCGCAUCGAUGGAAAUGUGUACUGUGGCAAUUACAGCAGCCGUCUAGCGCAGCUGGCGAGGGAUGCAGUGCAUCAGGGCGAGACGGCCAACAUAACAGGUCACAAAAGCUUUGAGGCUCCAUUGCACGUGGACACGCUCUCCAGCCGAGCGCUAAAUGGACUGCCCGUUCAGGAGCUGGUGUUGAAGAGUCAGUUGUCGCAGAACUUCACAAAUCUCAAGCUCUUCCCGCGCAUUGUGGUCAAGAGUCAGCUGGAGAUUGGUCGCAAUCUGACAGCCCUGCGCCUGAAUCAUAUGGAGCUGUCGCAGCUGCUGCAGCCGGCGUAUAGCCUGCAGCGCCUGGAGCUGCCGCAGAUGCCCAAAUUGCAGCAACUGAUCUUUCGGCGUCUCAAUGGCCUGGCCUUCGAUGAGCUGCUGGGCAAGCUGAGCUCCGCUGACGGCGAGCCGGAGCAGCCGCUGCUGCUCCACAAGCAGCUCAUCAUCGAGGGCAAUGUGCGCUUCCAGCGGCCACUGCAGCUGCGCACUCUGAAUGCCAUCCACUGGGACGAGUAUGUGAAGAAUCUAGUGAGCGCGAAUGCCAAUAGCCUAAUCCUGGGCGAAAAGCGCUUUCUGGAGCCGGUGCUGAUCACAGAUGCGCUCCACGCGCCGACCAUAAAUGGCCUGGAUCUGAGUGCAUUGCUGGAGAAUACGCUGCUGCGCACCACGCCGCAGUCCAUUGGCGGCGUCUAUAGAUUUGCGCGUCUGACGGCGAGCAAUGUGGAUGUGGCUCAGCUGAAUGGCGUGCCAGCCAGCAGCUUCUUGGACCUGGGCCAGCCUUUACUUGAACUGCAGGGUGAUCUCUAUGUGCCCGAGCUGCAGCUCAAUGGCAGCCUCAGCUGUGCCCUACUCAACGAUCCGCUGCCACGUCUGGAUGCCCAGCUGGCUGCGCUGCAGCAGCGCAGCUGGCGUCGUCUCAUGGUGCUAGGCGAUGCGCUGUGGCCCGAGGCCUCCGAUUCGCAGCAGCAACAGCAACAGCUGGACUAUCUGCGUCUGCAUGCGGUGCGUCGUCGCGCCGCCAGACAAAUCAUCUCCGGACACGUCAUCCUGCAGCAGCCGCUGCUGGGUAAUUUGCAGGCCGGUCAGAGCUUUCCCGGCAGGCUCAACAUUAGCCACAUAGCUAAGGAUGCGCUGCUGCGUCGGAGUCCAGUCACGCAGCUGGUAAAGGCGCCGCAGACAAUGCUGCAGGAGGUGCGGGCGCGCUCCAUUCGCCUGCUCAAGGAUGGCCAAUUCGAGCUGCUGAACGGCAUCGAUCUGCGCCGGCUGAAUGCCUCGCUGUAUCGCCGCUCCAGCGGGCAGCCAAUGGGCGCACAGCUGCGGUUCCAGCUGCCACCGAACAUAACGCAGCUCCGGCUGCAGGGCGGGCUCAAUGGUGGCCACCAAGUGGCCAACAUCUACGAGCAGUCGCCCGGCGGCAUAUGGCCGGCCGUGCAGUUGAGGGAGCUGCAAUUGCAGCAACAGCUGCAGCUGCACGAGAUCAACGGCAUGAGUCUGGAGUAUCUGCUGGAGCAGCGUGUGCCGCUGCGUGGCGCCGCCUUGGAGCUAUUCGACACGCUCCACUUUGAGCGGCUGGUGCUCGGCGAGCGCCCAAUGCUGCGCACCAUCAAUGGCAUCGAUCUGCAGCGCGUGGUCUACAAGCACGGGCAACGGCCGCAGGCCGUCGGCGGCGCCAAGACCUUUGCCAGGGGCAUCGAAUUCCAAGGGCCCGCCCACAUAAUGCGCCUCAAUGGCAGGGAUCUCAGCGAGAGCUACCAGCAGAGCAUCUACACGGAUCGCGACUACAGCAUCGAUAGCCUGGUGCUCGAUGGCGCCAGCUUUCCGGGUGGCCUGCUCGCAGAUGCGGCGAUGGGUGAAUCAAGGCAGGCGCCGCAAAUGGAGCUGGAGCUGGGACACCGCCCACUAAACGCACGCGAGCAGCUGCGCCAGCAGCUACAAGAACUGGAGCAGCAGCUGCAGAGCAAUCGUGCGAAUCAUAGCCAGCGUCUACUCUAUCUGGACUAUGAGCAGCUGGGCCUGGAGCUGACUUGGAGCGCGCCCGCCGCUGAUGAGAUCCUGCAGCUGGUGGCUGCCCAAACGCCACAGCCGACCGGCAUCUGUCAGCUGCAGCAGCUGCUGGCGCAGCUCUCCACGCGGCAGCAGCGCGUGCACCUCACCAACGUGAGCCUGGCCAGCCGCCUGCUGCGCGCCAGCUCCGGACGAGCUGCGAUACGCGUCAAGGCGCAGAACUACUGCAACCAGCCGCUGCAGCAGUUCCGCAGUCGCAUGCACAUCAGCUGUCGCGGCCACGCCCACACGCUAGGGCUGCGCCAGCAUGUGGAGGCACUGCAGCUGCACGACCAGCAGGACUACAGCCUGCUGCUGAUCAGCGGCACGGACGAGGUGCGUGUGCUGCGAGUGAAUCAUACGAACUGCAGCCUCAGCGAUUGGCAGUCAGUGCAGCCCGUCUCGGCUGGCCGCCUGAUGAAGCUGCUCCAGCUGAAUGGGAAUAGAACGCUGCUGCUGACCGGCGGACUGCAGCAGCCUGAGCAUCUGCCCGUUGUGGCUGUGCAUCGCCUGGACGCGCAGAGUCAACGCUUUGAGUUGCUCCAGCACAUCGAGGGUGACUACGAUCUGGCCGAGCUGCAGUCGGAUCAGCUGCUGCUCAGCUGUCACACCUGUCGCCACAUUUCUGUCCAUGUCUUCAGUCCGGAUGUCGAGCAGUUUGUGCCGCUGCAGCAGCUCCGCUUGGCGGCGCGCAUCCAGCAGCUGUUGCCCUUCAGCGUGGCCCAGGAGCGCCACCUGCUGGUGCUGACCAUGUCCGGCUCCAAGCAUUUCUAUCUCUUCAGCUACGCCCACAUCGAGGGCUGGCAGCAGCGCACCUAUGGCCGGCACAUGUCCGAUUUCCAGUGGUCCUGGACGCUGCUUCGCUCCGGGCAGGAGCUAACGACCUCGGCGCCCAUUCUGCUGCUCUGCGGCCAGCGUUUCUGCAGCCUGGUGAAGGCUCUGCUCGACUAGAGCCUGUUUAAUCUAGUUGCUACUCUAUGGAAAAUAAUUUUGUUUAGUCUUUGUUUGUUUAGUUAUCAUUAGUUGCAUUCUGUUCAAUUUGACAGCUUGUUGUGAAAAACGUUGUUAAAUUUUUCUGCAUUUCCUAACUGCAUUAAAUUGUUAAUUGUUAAUCAAAUA